GUUAUGGAUAUGAAAGAUGAGUUAUCCUGUUCUUGUAAUAUCCAAAGGCUUGAUAAACUGUAAGCUAAACGCUGGAAAUUUCGGAUCUCUGAAGUUCAGUCUUCCAGCUAUGGUUCCAAACUAGAAUGUAGAGUCACACCACCAGUGAGGAGGCAGAAGGCAAAUAAACUGGAGGAAAGUUACCUUCCACCUGCUUGUGCAUUGCUUUUGCCCUUAACCUGUUUGAUCAUUGCCAGUCCUUAGAGGGGACUACAUGUGUGCUAUGUGAGUGUUGUGUGUCUCUGUUGAUUCUUCGAAAAUAUAGAGAAAAAUUAGAGUGACGGGACAGGGCUAAAGGCUAAAACGCUCACUCAAGGUGUUUGAUUAGGAGAAUUACAAUGGGCCACAGAUAAUGUGUGCAUGUGUGUUUUAAAGAUUUAUUUAUUUUAAAGAGAGCGUGAGGGGGAGGGGAGGGACAGAGGGAGAGAAUCUGCAAGCAGGACCCCCACCCCAUUGCAGAGCUCACUCGGGGCUCCAUCCCACCACCCGUGAGAUUGUGGCUGGAGUGGAAACCAAGAGCCGGAUGCUUAACUGAGUGAGCCACCCAGGCACCCAAGAUUGUGUUGUUUUUAUUUUCAAACCUUUGCUCAUAUUUUUUCGUUGCUAUUAUCCUGAAAGCCAGAAACCAGAGACCAAAUCCAUCAGCACAGGAGCAGAACUGUCCAGUUGAUUCUCAAACACCAGGUAGUUUGGUCCAGGCACUGUGCUUGGUACUGAGGAAUAGGACGCUUGAACAAGUUACUGUCCCUUCUAAAAUUUAUAUUUGCUAGACUAGAGUCAUGUAGACACUGGGCUUCCACUCGUACUAUUUUGGCAUUAAGGCUCCACCUUUUUUUUUUUUUUUUUAAGGUAGCGGUAUUAGGGAAUUCAUAAAAUUGCGAGGACUCUACGGAAGUGUAUUUUAUUUAAGAGCAAGAGAGUGAGCAUGAGCAGGCGGGAGAGGGAGAAGCACGGUCUCCCUGAGCAGGGAUCCCAGUGUGGGGCUGGAUCCCGGGACCCUGAGAUCAUGACCUGAGCCCAAGGCAGACGCUUAACCGACUGAGCCACCCAGGCGCCCCAAGGCUCCAUAUUAACGGAAAAUGAUCCCCGGUGGCGGUAAGGGGCGGGAUUUCAGCUCCUCCACGCCAAUGCGUUUAUCCCAUUCUUUCCUGAGAACAGGUUUUUAGGAAGCCCCAACAAUUUUACUUGGGUUUGCUCCGCCCAAAGCGCAAUCUCCUUCCAUGCCUCCAGCCAAAAAAAAGCCUUGACCUAAGUUAAUGCCUUGAAUGUGCUGGGGGGGAGGGGGGUGGGGGUGGUGCGUAAGUGCCCAAGGAAGACUUAACCGAGAGGUCAAGGACAGGGGCAGCAUACGCAAGGAAGCAUCAACAGAUGGGAACCCAGAGCUUUUGGUUACCUAAUUUCGCCUUGGAUUUGGCUUUUAGAAAAAUAGGAAAACAACAAAAAGGUGGGAGAAUGUGAUGGGAAAACAAAUCUCUUACGGGAUGCUGGCUCCAAUCUGGCGGCGGGCGACUUCCGUCGGGAGCCGCGAAGGUCGUCCCGGGGGAGGAGGGAUAGCGACCGGGCCCCCGCUGGCACCUGCGCACUGGCGACCUGCGGGCGGAAGCUCGGGAUCCGGCCACUAGCGCAGUCCAUGAGAACGGCCCGAUUAAAUAAUGUUUGUUCUCUAUUGCUGCUGAGCCUAUGCUGUGGUGAAAAACACCGCGAACCCGUGUGUUGGGAUUCUUAGCUGUUCCCCUGCUCCGCCGGCACCGCCGAAGACAGCCCCUAGUGAGGGUCGCCAACGCUCGGGGGCCUGGGUUUCCAGGACGACACGCAGGCGCUCCGGAAAAGGGCCAGGCGACCCGAUGGCUGGCGGGAAACACAAUUUGCCGGUACCGGUUGUGUCUCUUCCCCAUUAGUUCUGAGGCGGACACGGCGAGGACUCUGCCCUACCCGGAGCCCAGGGAGCUGGACAGUGGGGCAGCACUGCUGAAUCCCAGCACCCGCUGAUUGGUUUCUAAGUUAGCUUGCGGGAGCGGUAUUUCAAAUUACUGAAGACAGUGGUAGGAGGCAUUGACUAUCAUGUCUCUUCCGAAAACGCCCUCCACACUGCUAACCUCCUUGUCAACACUUGAGGGCAAAAAAUUAAAAGUCUCUGCAUCCAAGGAGGAGACAGGACUUCCUGAACUGAAGGAGAAAAAAAAUAUGGCGGAUCAUUCAAAACCCCUUCCUUCAUCUCUUCAGAAUGAGUUCAUCCCUGAGGAAGUUCUUCUUUCUCUGACCUAUGCAGCCAAUGCUGGUCCUUGUCCUGAAAACUUACUGCCUCCUAAGAAAAUUAAAACCCCAAAGGGUACUCUUCCGCGUCCAGCGGACCAAGUCUGGUAUCACCCUCUUCGAAGAAAUAAGUUCAAAUACCUGAUUGACCAUCCUGUUUCCCUAACUGGUGCUGGAAGGGAUAUUUCUUUUCUGUACGAUGUUAAAUACGUUAAAGGAGAGGCCAGGGAGAGUUUGCUUUGUCCCCCACGUUCAGAACGUUCAUUACAGUCACAUGAUGGUGUCAUUGUGCCGCAUAAGCCAAAGAAACUAACAGAUACUUUGAUUCCUGAAGAAUUUCAUAUCGUGUCAAAUACAGGAGUUUCAGGUUUGGAGUGUUAUGAUGACAAAUAUACUACCCUCCUCACAGAUAGUGAAAAGAGGCUAUUGCUCUUCCCAUCCAUGAAACCUAAUAAAAGAGUAGAGGUGGUCCAGCUGAAUGAUGUGAUGGAUGCUAUGCUAGAGAGGGCUGGUGUGGAAAAUCAGGAAUAUACAGGGCCAACCAAGAUGCACAAACUACUACAUAUAUUGAGGAAGGAACAGACAAUUUACAAUACAGUAUUUCAUGAACUUAUUCGACAAGUCAGCGUGGACUGUGCAGAUAGAGGAGAACUACUAUCCAAAAUCAGAGAGCGGUACGUACAAAUGCUUGACCAAAUUGCCCGGCAGAUGAUUGAUUUUUACAAAGACCUUGUAACUCAGCGAAUGAUGGACCAGCGCAUUUUAGAAGAACUGUACAAUUUUAAGAAUGUUAUUGAAGAACUGACCAGGGAACUGUGUCUGGUUCGGGCACAUGAUAUGAAAUUAACAAAGGAAGCAGAGAAGGCCCACAAGGAUUUGGCACAAGCUCUUUUAGAUGCCGAAAAGAAUGCUAAGAUUGUUGAAGAAUACCAUGACUUACACACAUUGCAAAGAGGAAGGAUGGAGAGUGAUAUUAAACAGUUAAUGGCAGAAAGAGAUCUCUGGAGCUCAGCCACAUAUGAAUUGGCCCUAAAGGUAAUUGAAAAAAAUAGAGUCAUAUUGGCUAAAAGACUUUACCUCAAUGAAAAAGGUUGGAAUAAAUAUGCUAAGCAUUUCAUCAUACUGCUAUCAACCAAGGACACUGCAGACCUUGCACUAUUGCAGAAGUUGACACAGAAAUGGAGAAGCUCAAUGAAUAAAUUUAAAAAGGAAGUGGAACAAAAUGAAGAGUCUACAAGGGAGAAAUUGCAAACUAUUAAGGAUGGCCUUAUCAAAUGGCAGGAAUUCUUCAGAAAUGAUGGAAAAGAAAUUUCAUCUCCUAGUAAAGAAAAUAUACUCGAAUCAGUUAUUCCAGACUUCACGCAGUGGCAAAAGAUGUUGAAUGAAGAUAAAGACAAGUAUACUGGGGAUUUGCUAGUGUCAAAAUAUGAUUCUCUCAAGAUUAUUAAACAUUUACAGGAAAACUGGACAGAUGUUGGGUUUGCGAUAUUGAAUCGCCAUAAAAGUAUGGAGGGGGAGAUGCCACCAGAGCAACAGCACAUGAAGGAAAUUGUGAAAACCAUAGGAAGACUCUACAAAGAAUUUGAAAUAAGAAUAAAUGGGGAUAAUGGUAUCUCUAAAAUUCUUUCAAGUUUGGUUGGUUCUCUAGAAUUCUGUUCUUUCAAGUUGGCAAAUGCUCUGGAGUUUCCCGAAAUGCUUCAGGAAGAAUUCGAAGGACUUAAUGAAAAAGUUAAUGAAAUGAAAUCUCAGUUGGAUGCAUUGAUAAAUGUUAUUGGUACCGUUCCUCAGUAUAUGGAUGUGGAUUCUGGCCUGGUACUCCAAGCACAAAUAUUUAACAUGAUUCAACAAUGGCUUUUGAAGAUAGGCAAUGAGAUUAACAAUGGUAACAUUGAACUUCAGCGCCAUAUGGAUGAAUUGCAUAUAUCUAUGAUCCAGUGGAUGGUAAGCUUGCUGAUUUUAAUGGUGCCUGACUUUACUGACCAAAACACUCUCCCAAAUUUGAGGAUGGAAAGUGCUGAGAAACACGAUCUAGGAGUUGCAAAGUUAGAGCUAGACGCGAUUGCACUGGCCAGAAAGUUGGCGCAAUAUUCCAGCUAUUUGAGCAGUUGUUGCAAAGGGCUGGUGACAGCUAUGGCUCUGAAUAAAGCAGGUCACUUAGAAAAAAAUCCUGCUAAGGAACUUCGGGAGCUGGAUGAGAUGAAGAGAGAAAGUUAUGAGUGGAUCACCACAUGUUCUCACCUCCUUUCUGGGAUCAAAGGCAGAAAAAUGAAGUUACUGACAAAGGAAGAAAAAGAACACCUAUUUGGAGAAGAGGAUUUUAUAAAAGAAUUAAUUGAACCUGGAAUAGGCAGGCCUUUUAGAGAGGAGGAAGAAGAAAGUAUGGAGGAUAAUUUUGAGAUGCGAAAGGAAAAGGAAGAAGGGGAGAAGCCUUCAACAUCCUCAGAGGUGGAAAAACUCAUUCGAGUAAUUGAAGAAGAUGAAAAUAUUCAUUCCAAACCUCUGUUUGAAGCAGAUAUAUUCUCUUCCUGGAGAGAAUCAGCAAAUCAAGGUACAGUGGCCCCAAAGUAUCUUGAAGCAAUGGCUGUAAUUGAACGCACACAGGAGAAGUUAAGAGAAGUUGAAAGCAGAGCCAGACAAGCAGAGGAGAAGUUUGAGGAUGUAUAUGAGAAACUUCAUUAUACCCUUAUAAGAAAUAAAGAACUGGAGAGCGAACUAGCGGCUAUUUUGAUGAGUUCUAGAAAUAAGGAGUGUGAAGGAAGAGAAGAAAAUGGAGAGAGAGAAGAUGGAGAAGAUGAAGAAGAAGAAGACAACGACGAUGAAGAAGUCAGGCCAGUAGAACAUUCCCCAAAAUCUCUAAAGAAAGAGGUACAGCGCAAGGAAGGGUCUCUCAACCCUAAACCCAGACCCCGGACUAAAUCCAAGACCAAGUCCAAGUAGCACCCUUAGGGUGCUGGGCUUCAGCUGGGCUCCCUCACUGAUGUCUCCGUGCUGCUUAGCUGACCCUGUGGCUCGACUAGAGGGACUCUCUGUGCAACAGCUACUGGAAAAGUCACAACAUACAACCCAAGAACCUUUUCUCUUUAAAAGUCACAGUGAAGGCUGUCGGGAAUAAGUGCAUUCGUUUAUUUCCCAGAUUAAAAAUAGCUUGGGCAAAAGUUUGCUGGCCUCUUCAAAUGAUUUCCUAACAGACGUCUGUGAAAAGUGUCAGUUCCUGUCAAGAAAAUAAUGCUUUUUGAAGACUCUGAACUCUGCAGAGAAGAAUGGCAAAUACAAAGCAUUAUUUUUUCAAUUUAAAAGAGAGGAACCUGGUAAUGCUCUUGGGUUUUGGCAGCAUUUUCAGAUUUCUUAUGAUUUCAGGUAUUUUUAUGAUUUAUUUGAUUUUCACAAUAACCCUACAAAGUAAGUGGGGGAGAUGCUGUUAUUAUCCCCAUUUCUCAAAAGAUGAAACUGAGGUCCCCAAAUGGUUAUAAGACUCCCCAAGGUCACAGAACUGGUGGGUGUCAGGGUCCCCUGCUUGCUGGACCUGUGUCUGGAUGUUUGACAGUGGUGAUGGGCCACCAGGCCACUGCUCAGAUGGUUUCCUUCACAGGGAGGGAUGGAGAAUUGUACUGAAAUUUAAGAAUGCUGCUGAAGACUUGCCCAGAAUCGCCAUUUUUUGCUUUGAUGGCUUCACUUGUCUGCUCUGUUCAUGACCCCGGAUCCAUUGAGGCACUAGAGAUGGACUAACCUGCAAAAAUAGUUGUGAGGGACAAAUGGACAUUUGGGGAAGGCGCUGGGCAAGGACUCCCUCCUACCUCACCACACCCAGCGCCCUUGCAUUUGCCCUGAUCUCUGGCUCCAAACACGUAUGCACCUGCCUUGGCUCCACAUACUUGGUGUUCUUUUGAAUGUAUCUCCUGGAAUUUUAGACCCUUGCCUGUUGCCCAAGCCUCAGAAACCCUGUCACUCAGAGUCCCCAGCCUUUUUCAGCCCAGUCCCUGGCCAGGCCUGCCUCUGCCAUCAUCAAAGUCUGUGUAGGAUGGGUUUCAAAAAUGCUUAACGUCUGUCCACCGACACCCACUGAGUGACUCUUGAAGUCUGAGGGAAGAAAACAUGACUUCAGUCGGUCGCUGUGCUCGUGGCCCAGCCGAAAGCCAGAGCUGACAAAGUUGGCUCCCGCUCACAGUUCUUGCUUGCUGGGGCAUAGCUGGCCCUAUGCUUCUGCUUUCCUGAAGAGAUUCUUAGGUGAUUCUGGCAAAUUUGGAGGCUUUUUGGUGGGAUUUCCAAAUACUUCUUAAUUGAUUUCCCACUUUGCAGGAAUGAGUGGUCAUUUCCAUACAAAUCAGCAGCUCCUAUCCCUGAACACGAGAACCUUGCCACUGAGAACAUGGCAGCUCCAUGGGGUGGAAGGCUCGGUCUCUAAAUGCCAGAGUUAUGCCGGCUGCCCCUACAAUGAGAAUGAGAUGUUUGGUGCCUAGUUAGGGUGGUUUGGUUAUGAGCCGCAGAAACCUACUCUUGCAAACACACAUUAAAGGCUAAUUUAUUGAGAGUGUGUUGGGGAGCUCAGGGGUUGAAGGGCAGUCUUUUUUUUUUUAAUAGGUUUUUUUUUUUUUUUUUAAAUUUG